CAAACUGGAGUCAGUUGGCCGCCAUCAGCCGCUCGUGCUUUGACUACUCUGUGUUAUUUAAACUUCUUGUGCUUUUUUUUUUUUUUUCUAAUUUUCACGUUUUUUAAAAUAUAUACUAUAUAUAAACAUAAACAUUAUUUAUCAAAUAAUUCUAUGGCUUAUUUAAAAUUUAAAUGAAAAAUUUUAAUUUUCUUUUUUUUUUUUUUGGAGUAAAAAAUUUUUCUGCGCUUUUUAUUUUUUUUUUAAAUUUUUAAUAUAUAUAUUUUAUGUUGAAAUAAUAAACAGACGGUAUUUAAAAUUGUCAACAAUUUUGACACUACACCCUUUGUUAUUUUAAAAUAAAAAUAACAAAUAUUAUUAUCGUAAUAUGAUAUGUAAUGUGAAAUUCACCUGGUGAUUUUUAUUUUUAAUUAUUUUGUAUAUUUUUUUAUAUACAAAAGAUAAAUAUAAUAAAAAUAAAAAAUAAAAAAAAAAAAAGUACUUGUUUAUAUAUUUCAAAUUUUAUUUUUGGAGUAAUAGUGAGUUGAAGUAUGUGGAUUUUUUUUUCCUUCAUACGAAACAAUGUGAUUAUUAACUUGUAUAAUUUUUUUUUUUUUUUUCACAAAAUAAUCGUGAGAUGAGCUGUGUAAUCACAAGGGAAUUAUAAAAAAAAAAGAAAAAAAAGUGUUUAAAAUUUUUUCAUAUUAUUAUAUAUUUUAUAUAUAGUCAUAUAUAUAUAUUUUUUUUUUAAUCUGCGAUGAGAGAAGUGGCUUACCGUGGGGAAAACGAGUUGUGGUGAGAGAGAAGAUGCAAUAGUGCCCAGACAAUAGUGUGAUGUUCGAAUGGGAUAGAUGCAAUAAAAAAGUGCUUUAGGGGGAUAAAAAGAAUAUUAUAUUAUUCCUAUAUUAUCCAUUUUUUUUUUUUAAUAAUAAUAUAGUCGGUGUAUAUCACCAAAAAAAAUAAAAAAAUAAAUAAACAAGUUGUGGGUGAGAUACUUGAAUAUAUAUAUAAAUAUUUAUUCAGGGGAUGAGAAUAUUGUGGCUUAGUGGUGAUAUGAGAUGAAAAUGAGUGGCUGAAAGGCAAUUUCAGUAACCUCGCGAUGAGAUCAACGUCGUGUAUACUGGUUAUAUUUUACCUGGGAUAUUUGCUACUGAAUGUCGGAGCAUUUGUUGAAAAUGACGUAACAGAUUCCCAAGAUGAAGGAGGAUUGCUGCAUUUGGAUGAUGCUGAUGAUACCAUGGAAGAAGAUGAUCUUCAUCUUGAUGAUGAUGAAUCAUAUUUACUUGGUGAAGAGGAAGAAAUACCAUCUUUGCCAUCAUCAAUUGGCAAAACAAUAACAAACACUAGCAUUCCAAAUUUAAAUACAAAUAUAAAUAAUAAUGCUGCUGCUGUUUCUGCUGCUGGUGGAAGUAGCAGUAGUAGCAGUAGUAAUAGUAAUAGUAAUAGUAAUAGUAAUAGUGGUAGUACUAGUAGUGGUAAUAGUCAUACUGAUACUGAACUUAUACCAGAAAUUGGAAGUGGUCAUUUACCAGUAUUUUUAACUGAACCAUUAUCUGGUUAUGUUGUUAAAAAUAAACCAGCAACAUUACACUGUCGUGCAUCACAUGCAUUACAAUUAUAUUUUCGUUGUAAUGGACAACGUAAUGAUGAAUCACAUCAAACUGAUUUUGUUGAUCCACAUACUGGUACAAGAAUUGUUGAUUCUGAACUUAAUAUUACAAGAGAUAAUAUUGAAGAAUAUUUUGCAAAAGAUAAAUUUAAAUGUGAAUGUAUUGCUUGGUCAGGAUCUGGAUCAAUUAAAAGUCAACCAGCUACUGUUGACGUUGCAUAUUUAAAAAAGCAAUUCGAGUCACCGCCAUACUCAGUUUCCGUUGAAGUGGGUCGUAGUACUGAACUCAGAUGCAUACCCCCCGUCGGGUUACCAUCCCCACGUGUAUACUGGCUGAGAAAUGGUGUUCCCAUACAUCCAACUGGUAGUGCAAGUACCGAAAAUGAUCCUUCAACGACUCUUUUAAUAUCAAGUGAGGGUCAUUUACUUGUUGGACAAGCUAAACUUAUACAUCAAGCAAAUUAUACAUGUGUUGCUGAAAAUAUUGCUGCAAAACGUAUGAGUGCACCAGCAACAAUCACUGUUUAUGUAAAUGGCGGUUGGUCUCCAUGGUCGUCAUGGACUGAGUGUCAUUCACGUUGUAGUAUCAAGGGGGGUCAAAAACGUACAAGGACCUGUACAAAUCCAGCACCAAUCAAUGACGGACAGCCAUGUCUUGGUCCAGCAAUACAAAAAAUGGAUUGUGACACUUUAUGUCCAGACCAAGCUAUAAUUGACGCUGAGAUAAAAAAUCAAGCAGGAAUUGACGGCGGGUGGUCAAAAUGGUCGGCAUGGUCUGUCUGUGGGAGAGAUUGUACACAAAUAAAAACAAGAAGUUGCAAUGAGCCAUCACCAAGUAUUGGUGGUAAAAAUUGUCAAGGAAGAGACACACAAAUUAACAAUUGUACCGGUGGACUUUGCAAUGUUAAUCAUCAAAAAAUUGAUGAUGAACAACUGUCAAAUGGUGGUAAUACAAAAGCAGCAACAACUAUUGAAAAGGGUAGCAUCACAGCAAAUCGUCAAAUGGAUAUGGCACUAUAUGUUGGUCUUGUAUUUGCAUCUGUAUUUGGUGUUGUACUUGCACUUCUCUUGAUUAGACUUGUACGCAGAAAAGGCCAAGAUCACACGCUCUACUCAAUGGCGAGAAAUGAAGACUUUCAGGGACACAAAUAUGAUAAAAAAAUAUGUCUACAACCGGAUUUGACAGCAGGAACAACUGUGCCAGUGACAUCAGCUUAUGAGUACCCAUUCGAUCCAAAACACUCAUUAUCACGUUCACUCUCAGAGCAUCAUUAUGAUGUACCCCAUUUAUCAAUAGCAUUUACUCAACCAUCAUCAAUAAAUCAACAAUCAUCAACAGAACAACAAGAUAAUAAUAAUUGUGAUAAACAAAUAUAUUCUGGUAGUAGUGAUAAUAGUAUAACAAGUAGUAUAGUUAGUUCAUCAUAUCCAUCAUCUGAUUCAACAACAACAACAUAUAAUGUUGCAUCUGAACGUAUUAAAUUUACAAAUAAUCAAUUAUUAAUUGAUCAACAACAAUUACAACAACAAAAUAAUAUUGCACGUGCAAUUGUUAAUGUACGUGGUGCAUUACUUGUAUUACCAAAUUCAGGUGUAUCAUUAUCAAUACCAGAAGGUGCAAUACCAAAAAUACAUGGUAAAAAACAGUUAUAUGUAUCUGUACUUGAAGAUGAUAAAUAUAGACCAUCAUUACCAGAUGGUAUAACACAAUUAUCAGCAGUAAUAUGUUGUGGUCCAGUUAGUUCAACAUUUGAUAAACCAAUAAUAUUACAAUUUGAACAUUGUGCAUUAUUACAUCCUGGUGGUACAUGGGAAUUAAGUAUAUGGACUAUUGAUAAAGAUAAAGAUACAAUAAAUAAUACUGAAUUAAAUUUAGAUGAUAAAAAUUUACCAUCAUUACCAACACUACCAACACCACCACCUCCACCACCCUUAUCACCAUCAACAUCAUUAACAUCAUCUUCUUCAUCAUCAACAACAUCAUCAACAUCCUCCACAUCCUCAUCAUCAUCAUCAUCAUCUCCAACAACAACAACAACAAGUAAAAUUUCAUGGAAAAAAAUUUUAACACUUGGUAAUGAAACAAUAAAUACACCAUUAUUUACACAACUUGAUAAUGGUGAAGCAUUUAUUGUUACUGAACAAUUAAAAACAUAUGUACUUGCUGGUAGAAGUAUACAUCAUAAUUCAAUAGCAUCAAAACGUUUACAAAUAGCUGUAUAUACAAAUCAAUCAAAUAAUAUACGUGUUUAUAUUACUGAAGAUAUAAAAUCAUCAUUAAAAAUAAUACAAGAACGUGAAUCAAAAAUAUGGGGUUAUUUAUUAGAUAAACCAAGAACAAUAAUAUUACAAGAUAAUGGUGAAUCAAUAUGGAUUAGUCUUGAAAAAGUUGGUAAUGAAUGGGAAAAUAAAUUAACAAAUGAAUGUAAAGAAAUUAAAUUUACAAAUUUAUGGAAUUCAAAAUAUAAUUAUAAUAAUGUAUCAUUUACAAUAAAUAUUGAUUAUGAUUUAACAAAAUCAAUAUCAUAUAAAUUACAAAUAACACAAGGUUGUACAAAUGAUGCACAAAAACAAGUAUUUCGUAUUAUUUAUGAUACAAUUAAACAACGUAUUUAUUCUGGUAGUGUUACAAGACCAAUAAGAGAAUUAACUGUUGUUAGUAAUACCAGUAAUAAUGAUACAAAUAAUUAUGAUAAUAAUAAUCAUAUUAUUUGUACAACAACAACAACAUCAUCAUCAUUAACAUCAUCACCAGCAACAUCAACAACAAUAAAUGAUACACAUCCACCAUUUCGUUUUACAAAAUCAUUGAGAAAACAAUUAUGUCAAUGUCUUGAUCCACCAAAUACAAUUGGUAAUGAUUGGCGUAUGCUUGCAAAAAGAUUACAAGUUGAUAGAUAUAUAAAUUAUUUUGCAACAAAAGCUAGUCCAACUGAGCAUAUACUUGAUUUAUGGGAAGCAAGACAUAGACGUCCAAGUGCUGUUACUGAUUUACUUAAUCAUUUAAGAGCUAUGGGACGUACUGAUGCAGCAACAAUACUUGAAGCACAAUUAGGUGCUUGGUUAUAAAAAAAAAAAAAAAAUUAAACAAUAAACAAAGAUAAAGCUCUGUUGUUGUUUUGAAAUUUUUAUUAUUACUCAAGGUAAUGUUUAUUAAUAAAUUACUCAAAUAAAUCAUCGUCGCAUCAUAAUAUUUAUUUCAAAAUGAAAAAAAAAAAACAAAUUUAAUUAUUUUUUAGUAAAAUCUUUUUGAGCCUAAUUAUUAAUUAAUUAAUUAAUAACAAUUAGGAUAAUUAAAAAAAGCUUUUUUUUUUUUCUUUUCAUUUUUUUUUUCAAAACAAUAAAGACUACAUUGGCACAUUCCGAUAGACAUAUAUACAUUGCACAGUGCCAAUUUAAAAUUAAAAAAAAAAUAUAUAUAUUAAUUGUAGUAAUUGUCAGUAAUAAUAUAUAGUUUAUAGAUAAAAUUCAUAAGAAAACAAGAGGGAAAUUUAAAAAAAAAAAAAAAUUGUGCCAACUGGAAUUAUGAUUUCGACGUGGCCUAAUAUGGUAUAUAUAUAAAUUUAAAAAAAUUAUAUACAUACUUUUAAUUAAAAACGAGAAAAAGUAAAAGAUUAAAAAAAAAAAAGCAUUUAAUAAAAUGAACAUUGCCUUACUUCAAGUCCUCUAUGUAUUUACCCUAAAUAAAAAAAAAAAAACUUUUUCAUAAUGGGCACUAAUCCUACCCUCAAUUUUCAACUUUUUUUCUCCCUUUUUUUUUCUCUAUUUUUUUUUCUAUUUCCCCGCACUGCCACUGAUGUUGUAUAUAUAAAUAUAUAUUAUAAACUAACCAAAACGAAUUAAUAUACUUAGUGUGAAUCACAAAAAAAAAAAAAUAUAAACGAAUGAAUAUUAUACAACGAUACCAAUAAUAAAAUUAAAUUUAAAAAAAAAAAUGUUUCGUAGAAAAUGUAAUAAAUAUUUAAAAUUCAAUUUUCAUUAUUUUAUAUAUGAUUUUAAUAGAGAGAAAUAAACUUAUAUAUGCAAUUAGA